AUGAUCUACUCUAUCCAAGAAAUAAACCAACGAACGCCGAGACUGCUGCCCAACCUCACCCUUGGAUAUGACAUUUAUGAUACUUGUGGAGAUGUCAGCCUCGCCAUCAGAGCAACUUUGCAGCUGCUGAAGGACCAAUCAGAUCCUCAGAGGUGUCUCAUACCUGCAUCCAUCAAUUCCUCCUUGCCCGAACCUGAGACGAAGGUGGUUAUUGGAGAGGCAUUCUCUGAGGUAUCCGUAGCAGUUGCAAGGGUACUUGCUCUACCAUCAGUCACACAGAUUAGCUAUGCUUCAACCAGUGAGCAGCUCAGUUUAAAAUAUAAGUUCCCCACCUUCCUGCGGACUGUUUCCAGUGACAAACAUCAGACGAAAGCCAUUUAUGAGCUGGUGAAGAAUUUUUCAUGGCAAUCAGUGGCCAUUGUGGGAAGCAUUGAUGGAUAUGGGAAGUAUGGAACCGAUAGUCUCAUGCAGCUCUUCAGGGACAAUAAUAUCUGUGUUGACUUUGUGGAGAUUCUCCCUGAUACCUUUGACAAAAACUGUUCAACGGCAAGACAUCUGUUGGAAAAAAUAGAAAAUUCUACCGCUGAGGCCAUCAUCAUGUUCACCAAAGAGAUCAAUGUUUGUAUCAUCCUUGAAGCAGUUAUUGAAAAAAAUCUCAACAGAACCUGGAUAGCAAGUGACACCUGGUCCACUUCUUCUACAAUCUCUGAGAUGAAAGGAAUCAAAAGCAUUGGUCCAGUUUUUGGUUUUAUUUUUAGACAGAAGGAGGUGCCGGGCUUUAAAGAUUACGUCACCUCAAUGUUUAAUGGAACUACAAACAACAUUUUGAGUUAUUAUCAAGUUUUCACAAACAGCUCCAAAGAUGACAUGAAAUGUAACUGCAAGAAUAAGGCAUCCGACCCAAGCUGUUUGUACUGCCACAUUGACCAUGAUGAAUCCUACAACAUCUACAUGGCUGUCCAGGUCAUUGCUGAGGGCCUCAGAAUCCUACUAAAAUGUAACAAUCAAAGCUGCGAACGGACCAAGUUUACUGCUGUUGAGCUUUUUCAUGUAAUCAGGAAUAUCAACAUCACUGUGAAUGACACAAAUAUCUACUUCGAUGAAAACGGAGAUCCCAGUUUGGGAUACGACAUAUUGUUUUGGAACACAUCUAAGUCCAAAGAAGGCGUUGAGAAAAUAAAAAUCGGAGAAUACUGGCCAAAUAAAAACAUUUCAUUUAACAAAGAUGUGUCCCAAUGGAGAACCACUGGAAAUGUCUCUGUUUUUAACUGCUCCAGAACAUGUCAACCAGGACAAAGAAUGGAAUUACUAAAAGAAAAAUGCUGCUAUGGAUGUGUCGACUGUUCAUCUCAAGAGUAUUCAAAUGGAAAUGAUACUUUUUGCAGACAAUGUGAAAAGUACCAGUUCUCACCAGCAGACCAUAGAAAUACUUGUGUGAAUAAAACUGAUGAGUUUCUCAAGUGGUCAGACCCCUUCUCCAUCAUUCUGAUCACGACAGCUGCUAUUGCAAUAAUUGCUACUGCAGUGAUUGCUAUCGUCAUUGGCCUCAACUGUGGGACUCCCAUUGUUAAGGCAAUUGGAGGCUGCCUGUGUUAUGUGGAGAUGGCCUCCUUGCUCCUCGGCUUUUGCACAACCUUCACCUUUAUAGGAAAACCCACACCAAAUUCCUGUGUAGGCAUUCCUGUCUUUGGUAUAAGUUUCUCCCUCUGUAUCUCCUGCAUUCUGGCCAACUUAAUUCAGAUCCUGUUAGGUUUUAGCUUUGACCCAAGGGUUGGCUCUAAGAUUAAGAAACUUAAUCAUCCAGUUGCUGUGGUUGUCAUCAUCUCUGGUGUACAGUUGGGUGUAUCCUUGGCUUGGUUAAUUGUUCUCCCACGUCUUCCUUCAGUGGAACAGAAAGAGUCCACAAUAUUGUACCAAUGUAACAUGUGCGAAGAGUCCAAAAAGUUCUUUGCUGCCACAAUAGUCUACAACUCUUUCUGGGGCCUUGUGUGUUUUGUCUUUGCAUUCAAAGGUAGACAGCUACCCGACAUUUACAAAAAUGCCUCAUUGAUCACAGUGAGCAUGGUGCUGUUUUUAAUCAUAUGGAUUGUUUUCCUUCCAAUUUAUCUCACUUUGGAUGGAAAGUACAAACCGGCUAUAAGCAGUGCAGCCAUUCUGAUCUCUUGCAUCAGCAUCCUUGGCUGUCACUUGGCCCCCAAGUGUUACAUUAUGUUGUUCAGGAAAGAGAUUAAUAAUCAGAAUGCUAUCAGUGAAUAUAUUAGGAAACAUUAUGAGAGGAAGGACUUGUCCGUGAUAUCGUCAUGAUUAUCCAUUCUUUUGAAAUUUGGUCUUGUCUUUGUUAUAGAUGAAUUGCAAAAUAAUAUAUUUGAAUCCAAACAUGCACUGUAUGUAAAGACAAAGUCAAACUUUUCUUCUCAUUGUUUGACAUUAAAGCAGACCAAAAGUUAGGCAAGCUAAGUAGAGAACUUUACUAAAUAUCUAAAGUGAAAGACGGAAGGAGGUACUCUAUCAAUAUGGACUAAAAUGCCAUUCAAAGAGUAAAAAUCUGACAAAAGUGACAGAAGUUUAGUCUGACAUAACAGACAGUGAGAAACAAAGGUGACAUCUUUUGGGACAGGAAAUUUUCAUGAACGCUAUUGUACUGUUAAAAUAAUCAAUUGGAAAAAAAAAAGGUCCUUCUCUUACCCCUAUUGAAAUUUGGCAGUUGCCUUUGGUAAAAUUUCAGGUGCCAGAAGACAGGAACUGAGUUUGAAAAGUAGGAAAAAAUCAUAUAAAAACAACUUGGUUGCAGUAAAUAUGUGGAAAAUGUUGUAGAGGACUAUUUUAUUUAGAUCCAUGCAUUUAUGGCUGAUUGUUCUAUAAGUUUUUUCAACAUUAAGUGAGAAAUUGAAAGCCUGAACUUUCUGAGUAAUCACAAAAAUAACCUUCAAACAAAUGGUAACAUAUAAAUUACCAACAAAUGUAAUGAGUACACUUUGGUUUAAAUGCAUUGUACAUGCAUAUAAAUAUAGCUUAGAAUAUUUCAUGCCAUUUACAUUAUUUCUUCUCAUUUGCCAACUCUGUGACUGCAGUCAUCUUUCCUUUCCAUCAGCAAAUAAAAUAUCCUAAUGAGAGAAACUCACAGUUUUUAAAAUCUGGUUUAAAACUGCUGACAAAUGUUAAUUUUUGAUAUUAUGACACAGUUUCACUCAUAUGGUGUAAAUUUAAAUCUGUUGUGUUAUAAAAUCUAUUUAGCACCUCAAAUAAUGAAAGCAAAACCUAAAAGUUUACAGACAUGUACAAAAAAAGUUAACUUUGACAAAUAGAUUAGUUUAAUUUUAAUUUAAUCAUAAAUCACCUGGUUUUCACAAAAUUAGGCCACCUGUAAUUACGCUGUAUCACAGUUUACUCAUCUAAUCACACUUUAUUUUUUAGCUAUUAUUUACAACAAUUUGCAUGAAAUGUGUAAAGGGAAAGCCCAAGGCCAGUGAAAUGAAUUCUUAAUCAGAGCAAACGGUGGCAAAGCUAAAACACUGCUUUUCCUUAGCAGAACCUAUUAUUUUUUGUAUAUUUUAACAUAAAUUUCUCUUGUACAGAGUUUUGUGAUUUUAUGUCUGUCAAAAGCACUUUAUAAAUGAACUUUUAUUACUUACUAAAAACUUAAGUAACUAAUCUAAACUGAAGGAGAUGGAGCAUUCUUUGCCUGGUGAAGAAGCAAAAAAUAUGUUUGCAUCUUUAAAGUUGUAUAUAUUUUGUUGAGCAAACAAACUCUCCAAAACUGUUUUUGUGAUUUCAUGGCACGCUAACUACAUGGGAAAAAAUAUAAAAUGCAAAACACGUGGGCAGAGUAAAUGUAAUUGUGGAAGCAUGCUUCCUCUUUCUAUAUAAUACCAUGUGCAGAAAGCUUGUAUUUGACUAUCAAAUCUAGCUCACAUUUUCACUCGAAAAACAAAGCCAAAACAUUCUCCUCUCCUGGGAGGUAUUCAUGCCUGAAAGGAUUUAGGUCAAAACGUAUUUAUUUAUUCUGCUGUUGGGAAUCUCAGGGAUAGGUAUUGUAAAUAUCUUCUGCUGCAAAUGACAGAUAAAUGUUAUAUUUACCCAGAAUAAUAUGAAGUUGGACUAAUUUCACACUUUCAUCUGUAUUGUUAUUCUUUGUGCUUUCAAAUAUUUUUGCUAUUGGGAAUAAGGGCAUUGGUGUACCUAUUUUUUCUGUAAUAUGUCAAUAAGUAUGG